UCUACUCUGUGACAAAGAUGAGUCACGAUCGAAUUGUUUGUAGAUACGCGAGAAUAUGGACAGCUGAUGAUGGAAAAAUAAGUAUUAUUUACCUGAUAUCUGUAAAGACUAUGCAUCCAUGAAAUGAGAUUGUACUAUAGAUGGUUUUUGGCUUUGCUUUUUGUUGUUUGUCUCAUAAUAUUUUGGCGAAAUUACAUCUCAAACUUCGAGGUUUGUUGUCAUGCUGUUUUACAACGUACUUUAUACACUUGAUAUGGCCUGCACUUGAUACAAAGCAGCAAUAUUUCAAGCUUUUUGUUUAAAUAUCAAGUUCCUAAUUUUGUUCUAGUUUCUUCAGAGACAAGCCAUUCUGCCACAGUCUUAAAGAAAUCUUUGGCUUGCCCCUCCCCUCCCCCAGGGCUUAUUUAAGCAUUGAUUGUUGUAUCUAUUCUGUGGUUGUAUCAUGUUAAAAUAUCCCCAUCACACAAAUAGCCUGGACUGGGUUCCAGACAUCAUUUCCCACACUCAUUAGCAUGGGAAAUGACAUCUGGGUUUGCAGACUAGGGCUGGGCAAACUAGGAAACAUUGUUAAUGGAAACAUUUGAGAAUUACAUUGUUUCCUGGAAACACACUCCUGGUUUGGCCACUCUCUAGAAAUAUGGCUAGGACACACUCACUCAGAGUAACAUAAAAAACAUUAGGAAACAAUGUUUUCUAGUUUGAAUAAUGCCCAAGCUUACAAGAUUAUUUAUUUUCUUUAAAUAGACAGAAGAAUCAAUCGAGAAUGAAAAUCAAGUGGCGCCCACAUUUAAAUGGAUUGAUCAGAAAGCUCUCAAGAGAUGUCGAAAUUCAAUGCAAGGCUCAAGAAUUAUUGCAGAUGACAGAGGGUAUAUAUGUGAAUGGUCAGACAGAUUGUCAAAUGGUUGCUGUUUUCCAAAAGGUGUAACAUCCAAGCAAUAUGUUUGCAAAAGUUGUCUCGCAAACCAGUGUUGCAAUGUGUAUGAGCAUUGUGUAUCUUGUUGUCAACAUCCAGAUAAGGUAUGAUCAUGAUAGAGAUCUGUGACACCAGUAUGGGUAGUGCUAAUAAUAGAGCUGCAGAUUAAUAGGGAUACAACUACCUGAAAAAUACAAGGAGAACUUCGACGUUUCAAGAAAACGAUUUUCAUUGGGAAGUUAGUCUAGUCUACAAGACAGCUUGGCCUUUUAUGGAUUACCACUUUGAAACUUUUCAAUGUUGUGUUUAUCUUGCAGCAAACUCUCCUUCGCUCAAUCUUGGCCAACAACAGUCGAAAAAUUUUGAAAAUGGUUGGAGAUCAAUUUGAGUUUUGCUUGGCAAAAUGUCGUACAUCUUCUGAGGUAAAGUACACAAAAUAUUCUUCCCAAUUUUUGUUUGUCUGUAUAAGUAUUUGAUGGAAAUGUUGUGUGGGAUGAUAUUCAUUUUCUAGGAUCAAUAAAGUAUGUAGUGUGAGCAAAGCUGCACCAUGAUCAAAUCUAGUUAUUUUUCCAGCAGUGGACUUCUAGUUUAGGUUCAUUGCAAUGCUAGCUGGCCCCAGUACAUCAAGGGUGCCAAUCUCUCUAAGUCUCAAUGAAGAGAUCAAUAGACCACUGUUAUUAACUUUGAUUACUCUUUAGAGUGUCAUCCAUGAGAACCACUACCGCAAUAGUAAGCAUAAACAUUGCUUUGGCACGAAGAAACCUGAAACAGAACCGUCCUAAUUCAGCUUCUUCCUGAAAGAAAAGCUUACCAAGUCAUCACACACUUUGAGUGAAAAUCCAAGUGGAGUCUGUGACAGUAACAAGACUGUAAUGGACUGAGAGACUAAUAAUCUUUGCAAAUCAUCUAUUGGAUCAGCCAAAGAGAAAGACAGUCUCAUCAACUACAAUGUGUAGUUACCACAAUAGAAUAUCUUAUUCAGACCACACGACUUUGCUUGUCAGUAAAUAUAGGCGCCAUUUGUAUUGUACAAGAUUUGCGUUAUUUUUGCAAUCCAAGAGAUUUUUGAAAUGAAGCACCGUCACCCAAUGUUGCAAGCUAGAAAAUAAUAAUAAAAUAAAAAAAUUUUAAACUGUAUAAACAGGACUCGGUUUGCAGUAAACACGUAUUAACAAAGUUAGUAGCCUGUGUGCAGGCCCACCGAGGUAUUCUUCCCUCAGUGGGCCUGCACACAGGCUAGCUACAAGGUUAGUAUUGUAUCUGGUUGCCGUAAAAAUUGCCUUGUGUAAUGUAGCUUUACAAUGUUUCAAAGUAACAUAAAAAGAUCUGACUCUGGACAUUGGUUAUAAAUAUCAAUAACAAUGUACAAAUAGUAAAUAGUGAUUUGUUCUAGAAACUGUAUAUAAUUAAUAUAUUAUUUUAACAUUGAUACUUUAUAAUGGUCUUUGCCAGUGUAGGUAGUGGCAAUAAUAAGAAAGCUUCACAUUGAUAGGGAGAAGGAGAAAAUUGCAGCAAAAACAACAGGCCUUUAAUAUUUUACCUUGUUAAUUUCUUUGUGUCUUUGUUGGCUGACCACUUCUUCAAUUAUCUCACCAUCCCCUUUCACAAGCCUAUGAUCAAAAUAUUAACCCAUUCAGUGGC